AUGGCCUUAACAUUUGCUGUGAAAGAGAUCAACGAGAAUGUAACAAUCUUGUCAAAUAUCUCACUGGGAUUCCGCAUCCUCAAUAGCUACUUGACUGCAAGAAUGACCUAUAAAGCAACUCUCAGCCUCCUUUCCACACAACAGAGGUUUGUCCCCAACUUCAAAUGUCAGAACCAGAACAAUCUGAUAACUAUUGUUGGAGGAUGUUUCUCUGAGAUCUCUGUCAAUAUGGCCAUCAUUUCAACACUUUACAACACUCCACAGCUCACUUAUGGUUCAUUUUUGCCACUACAAAAUUCCAAACUACUAUUCCCAUUUUUGUACCAAAUGGUUCCCACCGAAGCCCACCAGCGAUUGGGAGUUGUGCGGUUACUUCAGCAUUUCGGAUGGAAGUGGGUUGGGGUCGGGGCUGUGGAUGAUGACAGAGGGGACCAGUUUUUACAGACAAUGGUGCCAAUGCUUUCUGAGAAUGGCAUCUGUUAUGCCUUCAUAGUAAGAAUGCCAAAAUGGAAUUAUGUGGAUAAGUUAAUAGAUUUGUUUAUACAUCACUGGCAAACCUAUGACGUUAUCUUUGAGGAAAAAGCCAAUGUAUUCUUUAUCUAUGGAGAACCUCCAUCCUUUCAGAUUGUGAGGAUAUUUCUGUUUCUAGCAUCCCAUUUGGAUUUGCCUCCUCUCAGUAAAGUGUGGAUUAUUACAUCCCACUGGGACUUCACAUCAGUGUCCUUUCAAAAGACUUGGAAUAUGCAGACAUUCCAUGGCUCCAUAUCCUUCACUGCUCACUCAAAUCAGCCAUUCGGAUUCCAAAAGUUUACUGAGGGAAUAAGACCUUCCUGGGCCAAAGGAGAUGGUUUUAUCCAAGACUUCUGGGAACAGGCCUUCAGCUGUUCAAUAAAAAUGUCUAAAGAGCAGGAGAAAGCUGAGAAGAAAACGUGCACUGGGGAGGAGAAGCUGGAAAGCAUUCCUGGUAUUCUGUUUGAAAUGAAGAUGAGUGGCCACAGCUACAGUGUCUACAAUGCUGUCUAUGCUGUGGCGCAUGCUUUGCAUGCCAUGUAUAAAUCCAGCUUCAAACACAGAAGGUCCCUACGCAGACUCAUAGGUCAGGAUGUGCAGCCAUGGCAGGUACAUCAUUUUUUAAGGCACAUCACAUUCAACAACAACGUUGGAGAUAUUGUGCGCUUUGACGACAAUGGAGAAUUAGUUGCAGGUUUUGAUGUUACAAACUGGCUGAUGUUCCCCAAUGGCUCGGUGGUUAGAGUAAAAGUUGGAAGACUGGAACCUCAGGCUCCUCCAGGCAAAGAGCUAACCAUUCAUGAUGACCAAAUUGUCUGGCACCAAAGGUUUAAUCAGUUUGCAGCUGCAGCUCCGGGUGUUAGCGCAGCCUAUCCAGAGUGUGUGGCAGAGGAUCUUCAGAUAGGCAGCAGCACCAUUACGGCAGCCAUCAGUGUUAAGGUGCUGCCCCUUUCUGUGUGCAACGACUACUGCUAUCCUGGCUACAGCAGGAAAAAGAAGGAAGGAGAAAGAUUUUGCUGCUAUGAUUGUGCUCCAUGUCCAGAAGGGAUGUUUUCUGGCAAGAAAGACAUGGAUGCCUGCAUCAAUUGUCCGGAAGAUCAUUAUCCCAACAAAGACCAAAGUCAGUGCAUUCCAAGAGUUGUAAGCUAUCUCUCCUACAAAGAAGAUUUAGGAACUAUCUUAGUUAUCAUUGCUAUUUCUUUCUCUUUCAUCACCACUUUAGUACUUGGAAUUUUUAUGAAGCACAAGGACACUCCCAUAGUCAAAGCCAACAACCGGACCCUCACCUACAUCCUUCUCAUCUCCCUCCUCCUUUGCUUCCUCUGCUCUUUCCUCUUCAUUGGAGAACCUGGAAAGGUCACCUGUCUUCUCCGACAAGCUGCUUUCGGCACAAUCUUCUCUUUGGCCCUCUCUUCUGUGCUGGCAAAGACCAUCACUGUGGUUGUGGCAUUCUUGGCAACCAAACCAGGUGCCAGGAUGAGAAAAUGGGUGGGCAAAAGAAUGGCACAUUCUGUUGUUCUUUGCUGCACCUUUAUUCAAGUUGGCGUUUGCAUUUUUUGGUUAAGUACUUCCCCUCCAUUCCCAGAUAAGGACAUGCACUCAUUGCAUGGAAAAACCAUACUGGAAUGUAAUGAAGGUUCAGCUACCAUGUUUUACUGUGUCUUGGGCUAUAUGGGCUUCCUGGCCAUUGUGAGUUUCAUUGUGGCUUUUCUAGCCAGGAAGUUACCUGACAGUUUUAAUGAGGCCAAAUUCAUCACUUUCAGCAUGUUGGUGUUUUGCAGUGUUUGGCUGUCCUUUGUUCCAACCUACCUGAGCUCUAAAGGGAAAUAUAUGGUGGCUGUGGAGAUCUUCUCCAUCCUGUCCUCUAGUGCUGGAUUGCUGGGUUGCAUCUUUUCACCUAAAUGCUACAUUAUUGUGCUGAGGCCUGAACUGAAUAGCAGGGAGCAAGUAAUAAGGAAAACAAAAUGA